AUGUCUAGUCAGGACUCUCAGGACAUCGAGACUGCAACCACUGCAAUAGAGUCUGCGCCAGACACCAAAACCCGAAGAUAUGACCGUCAGCUCCGCCUGUGGGCAGCGACUGGACAGAGUGCAUUAGAGUCUUCUCGGGUACUGUUGGUAUCUGGAUCCGCCACUUCAACUUCAAUCUUGAAGAACCUUGUGCUUCCUGGCAUCGGACACUUCACUAUCCUUGAUCACGCCAAGGUGUCACACUCUGAUGCCGGUAACAACUUCUUCUUAGAAGGAUACAAUAGUAUUGGAAAGUCUAGAGCAGAGGAGGCUGUCCAACUUCUGAGCGAGCUAAAUGACGGCGUUGAAGGUCGUGCUGACACUAGAACUCUCGAGAGCAUCCUCGAGUCGCACCCUGAGUGGAUCACUUCGUUCACUAUCGUCAUUUCCCAUAACCUAGAUCAUGCACUCUUAAACAAGCUCUCCGCACUCCUUUGGAAAGAUGCGAAAUACCCGCCUCUUGUGGUUGUCCGAUCAGCUGGAUUCCUGGCAGACUUCUAUAUUCAAUUCCAUGAGCACACAAUCAUCGAGAGUCACUCGGAAACAUCUCCUUCUCUCCGUAUCGACAAACCAUUUCCAGCUUUGAGAGAACACGCGCUGUCGCUGGAGUUUGACAAUAUGGAUUCUACAGAGCACGGACACAUACCAUACGUGGUGAUUUUAGUUCGUGCGCUUGAGGAUUGGAAGAAAUCUCAUGGUGGUGGUCUACCGACAUCGUACGAAGAAAGACAACAGUUUAAGAAAAGCGUCCUUGCGCUAAAGGUGAAAGGCGACGAAGAAAACUUCGACGAAGCAGAAGCACAAGCAUACAGGUGUUGGACGGAAACCAAGGUUCCUUCGGAAAUUACAGCCCUUUUUAGUGACCCCGCGCUAUCUACUGAAGCCAUGGAGUCGCCUUUCUUCCAUCUUCUCGCCGCCCUGAAGGAGUACACGGAACAGUCUGACACACACGCGCUCCCUCUCACAUCAACUCUGCCAGAUAUGAAGUCUGACACCCAUAACUACAUACAUCUGCAGCGACUGUACAAAACGAGGGCGGAGGAAGAAAAACAGGCUUUCAAGAGCUAUCUCCGAGUACCGGUCGACGACGGCAUGGUUGAUUCAUUUGUCAAGAACGCCCAUGCUCUGGUCGUUCUUAGAGGUAAACCUUGGGGUACAUUCGAUCAAGACAAAGCUGCUCUAGUGGAGUCGUUAUCAACGAUGCCGAAAGAGACGUGUAUACAUCUAGCGCUUUCUGCGCUUUCGUUACUUCAAGCGAGCGACACCUCGGUGUCACCAUCGGCCGAGUCCAUUCGUGCAAAUAUUCAGUCCAUUGUCGGACAAUCUACUGAGCUUCCUGUUGAAGCUGACGAUGCAAUUGGUGAGAUUGCUCGAGCACCUUUUUCCGAGCUGCCCAACACUGCAGCUUUCCUUGGUGGCAUGGUCGCUCAAGAAGUGAUCAAGAUGAUCACUAAGCAAUACGUGCCUGUGAAAGGUUACUGUGUAAUCGACUUGAUUGAGACAUGGACAGGAACUAUCGGUGCUUGA